AUGACGAUGGCCUUUUCAAAAUUCUUCGGCGGCGGCGAGAAGUCCGGCCCGGAGUACCGGGUUGAUCCUGAAGCCAGCGACUCCGAACCCUCCGUCAUUCACGAUGGCGACCUCGCGUAUACUCGACAAAAAGGAGGAAACGGCUCGAAGCCUUCAUAUCAGGAGGCUGUAGGUGCCCCUGUCGAGUCUACCUCGCCGCUUGGGUACCACGUCGGCUGGGCUGCGGUUAUUUUUCUGAACAUCAACAUGAUGAUAGGAACUGGUGUUUUCUCAACUCCCGCAAGCAUUCUCAACCGUACAGGUUCCGUCGGUCUAGCCCUUAUGUACUGGUUCAUUGGCUUCCUCAUGGCCGCAGCGGGAUUCAGCAUCUACCUGGAGUUGGCUAGUUACUUUCCCAACCGAAGCGGGUCUGAUGUCGUGUACUUGGAGCAGCAAUAUCCAAGACCAAAGCACUUCUUUCCUGUUGCUUUCGCGGUUCAAUCCGUGAUUCUGUCGUUCAGUAGCAGCAAUGCCGUUGUUUUGUCGAGAUAUGUCUGGAGAAUGGCCGAUAUUACGCCUUCAGAAUGGCAAAUGCGUGGUGUUGCUAUUGCAGCUUACACCUUGGCCGUCAUCUGCGUUCUUGCACACAACAAAUAUUCUCUUUGGCUCGUCAAUGUCAUUGGAGUACUCAAGAUUCUUACUCUGGUGUUUAUUAGCAUCGCCGGUCUAGUCGUGCUCGGAGGCAACGUCAAGCACAUUCCCGACCCUAAGGCGAACUUCCGCAACGCCUUCGAAGGUACCACGACGAACGGAAACGAUUUGUCAAACGCGCUAGUCAGCAUCGUCUUCUCCUACGCUGGAUACAACAAUGCCUUCAACAUGACCAACGAGAUCAAGAACCCCAUCCCUACCCUCAAGCGCAACGGCAUCAUCUCGCUCGCGACCGUCGCGAUUCUUUACAUGCUCUGUAACAUCGCCUACUUCGCUACAGUUUCAAAGGCCGAGUUUGCGGAAGCCAGCGAGAUUGCCGCCGCCGUUUUCUUCUCCAAGCUUUUCGGAGACAGCAAAGCUGCCGCCAACGUCUUAAACUUCCUUGUUCUUCUAAGUGCGUUCGGAAACCUCCUGGCGGUUCUGAUUGGUUCUUCUCGCAUGAUCCGUGAGAUUGGACGGCAGGGCGUGUUGCCGUUCACCGAGUUCUGGGUUUCUACGAAGCCUUUCGGAACGCCCCUCGGUCCGUAUCUGCUGAAGUGGGGGAUGACUUUCAUCAUGAUCGUGGCGCCUCCCGCCGGCGAUGCGUUCUCUUUUGUCGUUGAUCUUCAGACAUACCCCGGUGCCAUGUUCAACUUCGCCCUCACCUACGGUGUCUUCAUUCUGAGACGCCGACGUAGGAGGUCUGGCAUCGGCGGUGCCGAAUUCCGCGCCUGGAACGUCGUCCUUCUCUUCUUCCUUGCCAUCCAGGUAUUCGUCUUAGCCAUGCCUUGGUGGCCGCCGAAGGGAGGACCCUACGCUGGGAGUGUCAGCUUCUGGUAUGCGACGUAUUGCGUCGUUGGUAUUGGAAUUAUGAUUCUUUGCGGUCUAUAUUACGUGUUCUGGAUGCACUUGCUUCCAAGGUGGAUGGGUUACGAGAUCCGCACCGAGAUUGUAGAAGUCGACUCAGACGGUGCCAACACCCAUCGCUUGGUUAAGAUCCCCAAGGCUGAGCUUCCCCAGUGGGAUGCCACGCACGAUGAGGCUGGCAACUUGCGGCGGCGAAAUGUGACGACCGUCGAGCUCGAGUCCACCGGCUCAAACGAAAAGACGGCCUAG